UAGUUACCUCAUUAAUUAGAGUUUUAACAAUUGAAAGGGUAAAAUGAUGAAAAACAUAACAUUUUGCCCUUGCUUACAUUUAUAAGUUUAAUAUCAUUUUUAAUUUUGUUAAUUAAUUCCUCAUAAUAAGACUGAAAUUGCUGUGAAUUAUGGAAAAUAGUUUGAUGGUCUUGUUUACAAUACGACAAAGAAACUGAGGAUUUCGGAGAAAUAACGAUUUUUAAACUUUGAAAGUGAAAGAAGAUUCUUGAAAAUGGAAAAAAUUAAUAAGGGAAAAAUGAAACCGGAAUUAAAUUUACAGCGUCUCUGUAUGCUAAAAAUAGCGACGACUAUUUGGAAUAAAAAUGAAACUAAACAGCAAAUUGAUUUAUUUUUCGAUAACUUUUAUCCUUCUGAUGACGAUUGUUUUUUAUAUCAAAAAUGGAAUCAACAAUUGACAAGUAAUUUAGUGGCAAUUCUCCAUAAUUUACCAUUGUCAUUGAAUGUAAGAGCAAAUUUAAAAAAUUCCAUUAUAAUUACUGGAUUGCAAAUUUGUCAUUGGAGAAAAUUUGUUGCCAAAAUUUUGGAAUUAAACAUUGACGCGAGCUCAGAAAUUUUUUGGACUAAUUACGGCACUAUUGAUAAAAAGAAAAUUUUUCACAAUUGGUACAAUAAAAAACAAUUGAAAUAUAAAAAACUCUUUAAUAUUGCAUGCAUUCUUUGUUUUGAUGAUUAUAUUCCAAAUUUAUGGGAGAAAAUUCCCGAGGACGAGAGAUUUGAUAAUUUCUAUUUGGAGACAAUUUAUACUUCUUCAAGUUAUAAUGUGAUAGCGUAUUGGAAAAAUUUAUUGCAAAUGGAUGAUAAAAAACAUUUUAUAAUUGGCUGUCAAAAUGAAAAUUUGAAAAGAAAAUUUUCAUGGUAUCAAUUUUGCAAUAAUAGUCAAAACAUUGAGGAAACAAUGUUUCGUAUUUCAAUGAUUGAAUGCCUUGAGAUGGCUGUUAAAUAUUUUUGGUAUAAAUUAAAUGAUGAGCAACAAAAAAGAAGUGUGAGAAUUUUAAUGAAGACUAGUUAUCCAAAGAAAGAUGAAACGGAAUUUGCGAGAAUUUUAUUUUUUCUAUCGACAAAACUAAGUCGUGAAAGAUCUGAAGAAUAUUUUUUGGUACAAUCGAUACUUAUGAAAAAUUAUUCUAUACAAGAUUUUUUUUAUGCAAGCGUUGGAUCGUGUUUUUCUAUUCUUUGAUAUUCUCUAUGUUUUUUUUCAUUGUGAUCGCAUAAAUUUUGAUCUGAUGUGAUAUUUAAAAAUAUCAAACGACUACCUCCUUGUCAGUAGAUUGCUUAGAAUUGUGAUUUAUUUACGUGUAAUAUAGAUACAAAUAGAAAGUAUAAAAAUAGAAAUAGGUAUUAAUGGCCGUGAUAAGAUUAUUGUUCAUUGUUUAAGAAAUGUGUCUAUUAAGAGAUAAUUUAAUUGCUUAAUACAAAAUUUAAUAGUUUUUUGUGUAAAUAAUUUGUUAUAGUGGAGAAUAUUAAAAAUUUAUGUUUUUCUAUAAUAUUAUUAUUAAUAAUGUUUAGAAGAAAUAUUGUAUUCUGCCAAAGUAAAGAGAAUAUUUUUUUUAUAAAGAUUUAUAUUUCAUGAAGAAAAAAAGGCUUUUGCCUUUAACUUUUUUUUUUUUUUUUU